AUGGAUACAUCUUCCGAUUCUGAUGAAGUACAUCGUAUAAGUUAUGAACAACAGUCUUAUACUGUCUACGAUAGAAACCUAAUCAAAUCACCUUUAAGACAUUCAGAAUCAUCCAACAAUAGUAGUGCUGAUGAACCAUGUGCCAAAUCAUAUCACAAAUUUUCAAUUGAUCGUAUUUUGGGAAGAUUUAGUGCAAAUGGUAGUACCGUCACAGGCCCUGCGUCUUCAGAAUCAGACAGACCUUUUCAUGUUGAACCUUUGCGUGUGGGAUUUGAUAGUUUAACAGAACUUAACGGUCAAAGUCUUCCAUACUCAUCUUUAUUAUAUGGUGGAUGGUUUGCGGCGGCUGCUGCUGCUGUAGCUGCUAACAAGACUCCACCAUCUCAUUUAUUUGGUCUUCAAGCCCCUAAAACAGUAGGCCGAAGAUCCAGGAAACCUGGAUUAGAUAGGAAACCAAGACAAGCGUAUAGCGCCAAACAGUUAGAAAGACUAGAAGCCGAAUUUAAAACAGAUAAGUAUUUGAGUGUAAGUAAACGUAUGGAACUGUCAAAAGCAUUAAAUCUGACAGAAGUGCAAAUAAAAACGUGGUUUCAAAACAGAAGAACUAAAUGGAAAAAGCAAUUUGCAUCUAAAUUAAAAAUUGCGCAUAGACAUGGUUUGUUUCAUCCAGUGCAACAUUAUGCAAGUCUUUUUACUCCGCAAUGUUAUUUUCCAUCAUCAAGUAAUGUUUCACAAAAUUAUAACUGUGCUCUGUCACAACCAACUCAAACAUCACACGAUCAAACAACGGAUCUUAAUCUUAAGAACAAUUUGUUAGAAAGAAUUAAAAAAACCGAUGAUGAAUAUCAUUUAUGAAUUUCAUAUAAACUAUAUUAUAUUUUCAUAUACAGAUAGUUUUUAAUAAAUAAUUUUUAUUAAU